AUGGUGGAUAUUCCAAGAAUGGAGGACUAUGAUGUCUUCCCAAAUACAGGUUUUUUGCCCUCGGAAUUUCCUUUGGUUAAAUUGCCACAAGAAUAUUAUCAGCCAUGGGAAAGAUUAGUAAACAACUUGCCUUCAUUAAUAUUGACUAAAAAAAUAAGGUGGCACAUUGAUACAAACUUACCUAUUUUAUCUACAGGUGAACUCAAAAAUGUUCCGGAGUACAGAAGAGCUUAUCAAGUAUUAGGGUUCUUAGCGCACGCUUAUAUAUGGGGUACUGACAAGCCAACUAACAAGCUUCCGGAACAGAUCGCCAAGCCUUUAAUCGAAGUAUCAGAUUAUUUAAGAUUGCCACCUAUAGCGACAUAUGCUGGAUUAUGCUUAUGGAAUUUCAAACAAAUCAUGCCUAACGAAAAUGAAAACGAAAAAUGGGACUUGGAUAAUUUGACCACAAUAAAUACUUUCACCGGAUCUAUAGACGAGAGUUGGUUUUAUUUGGUCAGUGUUUAUUUUGAAUACAAAGGCUCGUUUGCUAUUAAGGCAGGCUUGGAUGCCCUUACUCAUUCCCUUAACGGAGAUACCAAAAAAUUGACAGAAAAGUUACAAACUAUGGCCCAAGCGAUUGAUAGCUUAGGCUCAGUGUUGAUGAAAAUGGAAGAAAUGUGUGACCCACAUGUAUUUUAUUUUAGAAUAAGGCCAUAUUUGGCUGGCUGGAAGAAUAUGGGUGACGUCGGUUUAGAUAAAGAUGGAGUGUUAUAUGGAAAUGAGGCCAAGCCAAGGUCAUACGCAGGAGGUUCGAAUGCACAAUCUUCAUUAAUUCAAUUUUUUGAUAUUUUAUUGGGAAUUAAACAUUACCCAACCGGUGGAAGACCAGUUCCACACGAAAAACCAGAAGCACCAAAAGAUGGUGAAAACAAUUUCAUGAAUGAAAUGCGUUCCUACAUGCCCGGUGGUCAUCAAGAUUUCUUGAUGAAGGUUCAGGAAAUAUCCAAUAUAAGAGAAUAUGUUCUCAGUAAGUAUGAUUCAAAUCCUGAAUUGACGUUGAGUUACGAUGCGUGCUUAGCCAUGUUGAAGCUGUUCAGAGAUAAGCAUAUUCAAAUUGUUACCAGGUACGUGGUUUUGCAAGCUAAGCAGGCCUCAAAAAUGGGAUCUACUUCGACUUUAAGGUCUGGUUUGGCAAAAUCAAAGAGUAAGCGCGGAGAAGAAAGAGGGACUGGUGGAACCGCCUUAUUACCAUUCUUGAAACAAUGCAGAGAUGAAACUGGUGAUCCUGCUGCUGGUAGCUGGGGUAAAAGAAUUCUUAGUGAUGGUGUAAUGAGAUUAAAAUAUUCAAAGUCUAAUGGUAUUAACGAGGACUAA